UUAUUUAUGUCACUCCAUCAGAACCCUCCUCCGAAGGCUGAAACCAGCAAGAAGGCUGCCACUCGCCCGCAUACCGCUCCUCCAAAGGAGUAAAUGGAGGUACAAGUCUAGGCUGAAAGACUUUAAACAUUAAGCGCUGCAUGGGAGGCAACCCAUUUCAACCAUAGCUGUGGAGGAGCCAUCAACGCAGAUUUGCUCUCUUAAACUCUAUCUCCUCUAUUACUAUUUUCUGAUUGUAUCUUUGUUAUUUGCGUUUUUAGUUUUUGUUUUUAGGUUUUCUUGAGUUAAUCAUUCCAUUCACAUGAUAAUUGUUCAUUGCAUGCUCUAACUUGUUUAACAUUGAGGACAAUGUAUGAUUUAAGUGUGGGGGGAAGGAUUAAUGCUUGUAGUUAGUUUUUGUCAUAAAAAGAAAACAAAACAAAAAAAUCGAAAAAUGUCAGAAAUAUAAAAAAUUUUGUUGCUUUUGUUUUUGUUUUGAGUCUUUAGUUUUUGUUUUGCGUUUUUAGUUUUUGUUUUUAGGUUUUCUUGAGUUAAUCAUUCCAUUCACAUGAUAAUUGUUCAUUGCAUGCUCUAACUUGUUUAACAUUGAGGACAAUGUAUGAUUUAAGUGUGGGGGGAAGGAUUAAUGCUUGUAGUUAGUUUUUGUCAUAAAAAGAAAACAAAACAAAAAAAUCGAAAAAUGUCAGAAAUAUAAAAAAUUUUGUUGCUUUUGUUUUUGUUUUGAGUCUUAGGAUGCCUUUCAACUGUCUGGGAUGAUUCUAUAUCUCUGAAAUCAUGACUAAAAGAGGAUCACAACAUUGAGAUGAUUUUAAACAUGGUAUUCUUUGGUUAAUUGAGAUAUAUGAAAAAUGUGUGCCUUGUAGUGGAUAUGGAUUGCAUGACCUUGGUACAGAAUAUGAGCAUGUUAAGAUGAGUUGUGAUUCAUAAAGCCAUGUGAGAUAAUUGAACCAUGUCCCUUUUUCUUGGAGUGAAAUGAAAAAUAUAUUCUUAAUUUCUUGGCGAUGUUUUGAUGAUCUCAUUAUUCUUUCAUCUUGAUUGACUGCUUGCCAUAGAUUAAGUUUAAUGGACUAGAGAAUGCUAGAAUUCGCUCUUGUGCUUGUUGAGACGUGAUAUCAAUACAUGGCCCUGAUUUUGGAAGGGAUAGAGGUUCUCUAGGAAUUACCACCAUUGCCAAAUAAACUUGUGUCCCCAUUUGUGCCCGUCGUGGGACCCCCCUAGAUAAGCCCCUUUGAGCCUACUUUGAGCCUUUUCGUUCAUCACCCUUAAAAUCCUUAACCAUGAAGCUUAGUAUAGUUACAACCCUACCCUUUGUUCUAAGGACUUAGUGGAGCUAUCUUUUGAGACAUACUACAUGGGUUUGGUGCUAAGGAUGAAGAUUGAGAAGAGGUGAAAGUUCAAGUGUGGGGAUAGACUUGUCCAUAAAGAAAAAGAUAUGUUGAAGCCGUGAAAAAUGAAAAGAAAAGAGAAAAAUUGUGUACGGCUAAAAAGAAAAAGAAAAAAAAAAUAUAUAUAUGUUUAUGGACUUUCAUCCCCCAUACUUAGUGAUUUUGGAGUUUGCUUUGAAUUGAAGGCCCACUACAGAAAAAUUUGGCCUUUGUCCAUUUCACUAGAGUUCAAGGGAAGUUUAUAUUGAAGAUUGGGCCCAACAUGAAGACAUUUGGCCCUCUUAUAUUACCUCUAUGGGGAAGUGACGUUUUUGCAAUGCCUUGGUGAAAUAUUUCGAGAUCUCUACAUUCAUAUGAGCUCUACUAGGUUUUUAGGACACUUUGAUAAUCCUUACCUUUCAUUUCUUUAAACCUUGAGCCUUAGCCCCAUUACAACCUUUGAGAGGACCUUCUUGAUCCUUAAGAUGGGACAGCCUUUGAUGUGGAGAUGAGUUACAAGAGUUGAACCUAUGGCUUGGGUCCAUUCGUGCAAGUAGUUGAUAUCCUUCAUGAGAUCUUUUGAAAAAAAAAAAAAAUUAUAUUCACAAAGUGCUUUUCGUUUCUUAUAUAUGUGAGCUAUUUGACUGCCUUAAAAUAUGUUCUCUCACAUAUAAAUGAGUGAUUAUAAGCUUUUAAGCAUUGCCUUGAUCUGAGAGAAGAAAAAGUGGAUAUACCUUGUGAGGAUAUGAAUCAUACUUGUCUGAAGCAUGCUAAGCUAAACCCCAAUCACCAUUAUUACAACCAAGUCCUACUUGUGUAUGUGUGGAUCAUAUGUUUUAAUUAACUCUCGAAUGCUUAACAUUGAUUCUUGGUUGAGUGCUAAUCUUGGUGUUGUGAAAGUAAGAGAUUUCUGAGACAAUAUGUUAAAGGGCAAUAGAGGUCUUUGUGAUGUCAACAUCUUGGUCUUUGUCUUUGAAUUUACUCUUUUAUGUGUGACGUUUUUUUUUUUUUUUUUUCUUUGUGUUUUGCUUUGUGUUUUACGUUUUUGGUUUCUUUGAGUCUUUGUGUUUUUGUUUCCAUACUUAGUCAUUUUUUUCGUUGGUUUCUUUGUUUUGUGUCAUAGUCUUUUUGGUUUGUUAGUUUUUGAUUUUGCUAAGGGACUAGCAAAAGCUAAGUGUGGGGGAAUUUGAUAGGAGCAUUUUAAUGUGGUAUUUUAAUAGUUAAUUCCUCACAUUUUGCUUAGUUAAUUCCUUAACGAAUCGAUUUUUAACUUAAUUUCUAUUUUUUAGGUACAUUGGAGUAGAUGAUGAUGAAAUGAGCAUUAGGUCCAUAAUUACCUAUAAAUGAUGGAGAAAAAUGGAAAUGUACUAAAAGGUCAAUUUUACACAUUUUCCUACUCCGGCUAGGAGAAACCAAGCCAAGCAAGGAAGAAGGAGCGGCCGCCUGACCAAAUGAACUCCAAAUGAGCUGAAAAUUUCCAGAUCCAUUCUAGACAUCCUAAGGAUCAUUUCUUAUGAAGAGUGCCAGAGCUAGAAUUGAGUGGAAGGCCUUCAAACAGUCAGCCCAAUUUCCUGCAGAAGCAAAACUGGAAAACUGGACCUGUAAGAGGUCCAGCAGCAUUUUCGGCCCAACCACAUGGAAUAAAAAUAUGAAAUUUUACCAGGGUGAUCUACACUCAUAAUGGAACAUUUUUUAUGAAGAGGUCAUAGUGAAAUUGGGAAUGCUUGUUGGAGAAAUAAUUGAAGGAAUAAAGGGGCAGAAACUGAUCUAAAAACAGCUCAACACCACAUGUUCAAGUUUCCUACCCACAUGAAGAAAGCUAGAUGCUUUUCUCUUUUUCCUUGGAUAUAUUUUUCUGCUCCAAUAGAUCAUCAUCACUUCCAUACUUCUACACCUUCAUGCCUUGCUUUCAUUUCAUCAUUACUCCAUCUUUUCCAUAUUUUACAAACCACUUUCAUUAUUUUUCUUCCAUUUAUCAUUUCACUCUUCUUUUUCUUUCCUAUAUAAACACCUUCUCCUCUCACUCUAAACACAUUCCUUCAUCCAUUCCAUUUUCUUUGUCUUUCCAUUUCCUUUCCAUUUUCCCAAACAUUCCUUCAUCCAUUCCAUUUUCUUUGUCUUUCCAUUUCCUUUCCAUUUUCCCAAACAUUCCUUCAUCCAUUCCAUUUUCUUUGUCUUUCCAUUUCCUUUCCAUUUUCCCAAACAUUCCUUCAUCCAUUUCAUCUUCUUUGUCUCUCCAUUUCCAUUCCAUUUUUCUCUCCAUUCUCUAGUUGCAAAAUUCUGCGUUUUCAAGUAAGAAGAAGAAGAAGAAGAAGGAGCCGGGAAUAUCAUAUCCUCCAUUGUCCACCUUGAAGGCUUGCUUCCAAGAUUCAAGAUUUCAACGUUUCAAGCACUCCAUCUCCAUCUCCAACUCACGGUUUGUUAUGGAUACUAGCUAUGUUGUCAAGUUUAUUUAUUCUGGUGAAGCAGCGACAGUUCCAUUGUUGCAUAAUUGGUCGUUUGUUGACCUAUGCAAUUCCAUACGCUCUCGUUUUCCUGAUUUGAUUCAAGGCAAUUUCAUGUUGAGGUACAUUAUUCCUCCGGAUUCUACUUCAUGUUUUCUAGAGAGUGAAGUUGAUAUGAGAAUGAUUUUUAGGAAUUUGGUUCGUUACAAUUCUGAUUUUGUUGAAGUGUUUGUGACUGAUUUGCCUUCUAUUAGUGAAAGUGUGGUGAGUAACACAGUGUGUGAGGAUUCUAGUACCAUGCUUGAGGAGAAUGAUUAUUUGGGGUGUUAUAGGGCAGAGGCACCGAAGAGUUAUAUGACGAAAGGUUGGGAGAGUUAUAUUCAUUCUGAAGGCCAAAAGUUUGAGGGUCGGGUUGUUGAGUUUAGGGAUAAGCUGCGUAAGUAUGCUAUAGAAAUUGGCUUUUCAUAUGAGUUUGUUAGAAAUGACAAGGUUCGUGUUAUUGCUCAGUGUUCUAAGAAACAUUCUCAAGGCUGCAAUUGGCUGGUGAAGGCUUAUUUAUGUAGGGCUAAUGGUUUCUUUAUGAUUAAAAGGUUGGUUAAUGUUCACACUUGUCAUGGUGUGAUUCGUUUGCAGAAGAGUAAGAUGAUGGGAUCCAAGGUUGUCAAGUCUAUUGUGCUUGAUAAGAUUCGUGCCAAUCCAAACAAAAAGCCAAUUGAUAUAGCUGAUGAGAUCAAGAGUGAUUAUGGUUUGGAUGUUGCUUAUCGUACAGUUUGGUAUGGUACGGAGUUGGCAAAAACAGCCCUACAUGGUGAUGAAGCUGAGUCUUAUGCUCAGCUACUUUGGUUCAGUGAGUCUGUUAUGAAGUCAAACCCCGACUCUAGGAUAGUGGUUGAGUUUCAUCGAGAAACACACAGGUUUCAGCGUAUGUUUGUGAGCUAUGGUGCAUGGAUGAAGGGUUUUCAAUCUUGUAGACCUAUUCUUUUCAUUGAUGCUACAUUCAUCACCAACAAGUACAAGGGGCAGAUUAUUGCUGCAUCGGCAAAGGAUGCCAAUCAAGGCUUGUAUCCAGUUGCUUAUGCUAUUGUGGAUUCUGAAAAUGAGAGUAAUUGGAGUUUUUUUCUUGAGGUUUUGGCUGAAGAGUUUGCAAAACACCCUAUGAGGAGGGUGACAUUCAUUUCUGAUCGUCAUGUUGGGCUUGUUAGUGCUUUCCCUAGAGUGUUUCCUAAUAAUCCACAUGGGUUUUGUUUUAGACACCUGAUGUCUAACCUUUCUGACAAAUUUCCAGCUGGAUCUUACCUCAAGGAUCGGAUUCCUUACUUGUUUAUGUGUUGUGCUUAUUCUCGCACACCGGAGAUGUAUGAGUUCAACAUGGAAAUCUUGAGGAGUGAAGGCGGGGACAUAGUUGCUCAAUUUCUGGAGGAUCUUCCCAAGGAGAACUGGUGUAUGGCUUACUUUAAUGGUGAAAGAUUUGGUGAAAUGACAAAUAACUUGGCUGAGUCUUUCAAUAAUUGGGUGUUGCCUUUGAAGAGUCUUCCUAUUCUUGAUAUUAAUGAUGGCAUUAGAGUGAAGUCCAUGGCUUCAAUUGCUGCUCGGAAGCAGGAUGCUCAUGAAUGGUUUUCUGAGUUGUGCCCAGUGAUUGAAAAGAAGCUGAAGGACAAUUUGGAAGUCGGAAGGCAUUGGAGAGUGAGCAGGUCUGAUACCUAUGUGUAUGAAGUUCACUGCCAGAAGUACAAUAGCAUGGUAAAUUUGGAAAGUCGGUUUUGUUCGUGUGGAGAAUGGCAGCUGUAUGGCUUCCCAUGUUCCCAUGCACUUGUAGUGAUCCAACAACAUGGUUCUUCCCCGUAUUUGUAUGUCAAUGAGCUGUACAAGGUGGAUAAAUAUCGAGAAACUUAUUCUUUCCCAAUUAAUCCUCUUCCCUCUAUUUCGAAGCAAGUGCAUGAUUUUGGUAGAGAUGCUGUGAUCUUGCAGCCGCCUUUGACUAGAAGACCACCGGGAAGGCCUAGAAAGAAGAGGUUCAGAAAAAGGAGCGAGAAAACCAGGGUGAUCAAGUGUGGUAGGUGUGGAAAAUGUGAUGGUCACAACAGAAAGAGUUGUACAGCUCCGAUAUAGGUUCAAUUCUGCCUACAUGCCUUUAACAGUGACAUGGCAAGUGACAUAGCAAGUGACUCCAAUACAGUUUGAAUAUUUGUUUUGAUUUUUCAUUUUUUUCAAUAAAUGAUAAGAAGUGCUUGUAAGG